AGCAAAAUUUAGGUGCCAUAUUUUAUUCGCCAACAACAAGCAAAACAGAUAAUGGUGAUAUAAGAUUUCAAUGCCAUACUGGCACUUAUUAUGAUGAAGUUUCACAUUCAUCUAUUAUAUCUCAAUUAUCAAGUAUUACAGCCAUUGCGGGAUUAAUUAUUAAUAUAGCAUUUUAUGGUGUGACUUCUAAACUUCAUUUGAAAACGACAUGUAUUCUUGAUGAUCUUUUAAUUCUUACAUUUUUUCUUACACCUAUCUUUUCAUGGUUUUUUACCGUCAAACCUGCUUGGUUUUUCUUUAAUGCGUCGAUGACA